CGCAAUUUUCAAAUGUGCGCUGUGUAGAUCGCUGCUGGGUGCGAGCUGUACAACGUUCCCGACUACGCAGGCGUCUCCUAUCCAGGCACGGCGAGCUGCCACCAGGUCACAAGUGAGUGACAAUGUCUUCCCAACCGUCAGCCAUUGCCAGCAAGAAGGAAGACAAGGGAAAGAAUAUCCAGGUGGUGGUGAGAUGCAGACCUUUCAAUCAGUUGGAGCGCAAGGCUAACUCCCAUUCUGUGCUGGAAUUUGAUGCUGUGAGGAAAGAUGUGUCAGUACGGACUGGAGGAAUCAACGACAAGCUGGGGAAAAAGAACUACCUGUUUGAUAUGGUUUUUGGUCCAUCUGCUAAACAAAUUGAAGUGUACAGGAGUGUUGUGUGUCCCAUCCUGGAUGAAGUUAUUAUGGGUUAUAACUGCACCAUUUUUGCCUAUGGUCAAACUGGUACCGGUAAAACCUUUACUAUGGAAGGAGAGAGGUCGGCAGAAGGAGAGUUUACAUGGGAAGAGGACCCUCUGGCAGGCAUAAUCCCUCGAACCCUUCAUCAGAUAUUUGAGAAGCUUUCAGAGAACGGCACCGAGUUCUCAGUAAAAGUGUCUCUGUUGGAAAUCUACAAUGAGGAGCUGUUUGAUCUUCUAAGCCCAUCACCAGAUGUUGGAGAACGACUGCAGAUGUUUGAUGAUCCCCGAAACAAGAGAGGAGUGAUAAUCAAAGGAUUAGAGGAAGUAACUGUACACAAUAAGGAUGAAGUUUAUCACAUCUUGGAGAGGGGCGCAGCCAAGAGGACUACUGCUUCUACUUUGAUGAAUGCUUACUCCAGUCGUUCUCACUCCGUGUUUUCAGUCACGAUCCACAUGAAAGAGAUGACUGUUGAUGGAGAAGAGCUGGUUAAAAUUGGCAAGCUAAAUUUGGUUGAUUUGGCUGGAAGUGAGAACAUAGGCCGCUCUGGAGCUGUAGACAAGAGAGCCCGUGAAGCUGGAAAUAUAAAUCAGUCUUUGCUAACUUUGGGCAGGGUUAUCACAGCCCUGGUAGAGAGAGCUCCGCAUAUCCCAUACAGGGAAUCUAAGCUCACAAGAAUCCUGCAGGACUCUCUGGGAGGAAGAACAAAAACGUCAAUCAUUGCUACGGUCUCUCCGGCCUCCAUUAACCUAGAGGAAACUGUGAGCACUUUAGAAUAUGCCAACCGAGCCAAGAAUAUCAUGAACAAGCCUGAAGUCAACCAGAAACUGACCAAGCGGGCACUGAUCAAGGAAUACACAGAGGAGAUUGAACGGUUAAAGAGGGACCUUGCAACAGCCAGGGAGAAGAAUGGGGUCUACCUCUCCAGUGAAAACUAUGAAGAGCUUCAGGGAAAAAUUGUGUGUCAAGAAGAACAAAUCACAGAAUUCAUGGAAAAGAUUUCUGCCAUGGAGGAGGAGCUCAAGAGGGUGACUGAGCUGUUCUCUGAGAGUAAGAAGGAGUUAGAGGAGUGUAGCACAGUCCUGCAGUAUAAGAAGAAGGAACUGGAGGAAACCCAGAAGAACUUGCAGGAUUCUAAGUUGCGGCUGUCCCAGGAGGAGUUUGUGGUGUCCGUUCUGGAGACCACAGAGAAGAAGCUUCAUAAUACUGCUAACAAGUUACUUGUCACAGUCCAGGAAACCACCGAAGAUGUAUCUGGCCUCCAUGCCAAACUGGAUCGUAAAAAGGCUGUGGACCAACAUAAUGCUGUGGUCCAUGAGAGCUUUGCAGAGCAGAUGGAUAGAAUGUUUCAUAAAAUCCAGAAAUCUGUGGAAGAUUACAGUGUAAAGCAGCAGGGAAUGCAGGAUUUCUAUAUCGGCUCUAUAGACUCUCACUUGGCUGCGCUGUCUUCUGCAUCAAACACCACCACCUCUGCUGUGUCCACGUCCUUUGCUGCUAUUGCUGAAACGGUGUCAGUACAAGUGACUCAGAGUACUGAAGAAAUAUUAAAGCAGGAGGGUCUGUCGUCCCAAGCAAGGGAUGAUCUGCAAAAGCGGAUGGCUGAAUUCCGUUUCACUCUCCAGAAAGCCCUCACAACAGACUUGCUGCCAGUUGUAACCUCCGUUUUACAUCUGAAUUCUAACUUGAGUCAAUGCUUACAAACUUUCUUCAGUGUUGCAGACAAGGUGGCCGCCCAUAAAGAAGACAUGAAACGAUUUUUCACCGAUCAUUCUAUGAUGCUGCACAAGUUGCGUCUGGAUUCCACAUCCGCUCUGUCCAGUAUUCAGUCAGAGUCCCAGUGUUUGAGAGAGGAGAUCCAGGCUGCUCAGACGUUGCAUUCAGAGGAAGUAAAUAAACUCAUAAGUUCCAUGCAAAAUCAGUUGAGCUUAUUUUCUCAAACCUUCCAAGGACUUCUGAGUAAAGAAGAAAAGUUACAGAAAUCUACAGGAUUACUGCGGGAAGAUCUGGAUAAUGUUACAUGUGAAGCCAUUGAACAAACUUCCACCCACCACAGUACAUUUGUGGACCAGUGUGCAGCCAUAGAGGGUGAGAUCCGGCAGCAGGCAGGAUCCAACAUAAGCAGCGUAGAGGAGUCCAGCAGACAGUGCGAGAAGCUCAGCUCCAGUAUUACUGCUAUAUCAAAAGACACAGAAGAGUGGUGUGAUGUUACCACCAAGGCAAUGGCAUCUGCUGCUCAACAGCAGGAAGCCUAUUUCCAGCUUGCCAAGAUACAGCUCCAAAGUUUCCAAAAGGAUGUGGGAAGCUUCUGUGAAUCCUCGAUGGAGAAUAUUACGGGUAUGGUCAACCAGCAGCGGGUGUCUGAGGAGAAAGGUUUAUCCAGACUGGUGGAACAAGUUAAUGAUGACAAGCAGUCCGUUGUGGAGCAGAAGCUGGAACUGUGUGAACAAGCACAAGAUGGACUCGGGAAAGUUCACUCCUACCUUACACAUGAGCUAAGGAAUGAUGUUCCUACUGGUACAACACCCCAGAGGAAGAAAUACGUUUACCCCUCUAUGCUCUUAAAGAGUGCACCCAGGGAUGUUCUUCUGGAGCAGCACAAAAAGACACAAGAGGAGUUUCAGGUUGCGAUUACCAGCGUCAUGUCCAUACCAGAGGAGCCUGUGGAUCAGGAUUCUCUGGAAGAUGAGCCACUGGCCGUUAAUGACAGCAUUAUGAGUGAGAAAUCCAUUGUAGAUGUCAACGUUCUUUGCCAAGAAAACGGUGGUGUCCCCUUCUUCCAGCAAAAGAAAGGACACAGGAAAGAAAAAGAGAACAAAGCAAAUGGGAGCAUUUUGGAGAGGUCCAAAGUUUCAGAAGAAGAACCAUCUGUCCCGAGAUCCAAACUUCCUCUGAGGAUCCAGAACUGAGAAAUGGGAAUUUCUGUGUAAAUAGUGUACAACCUUCCUUGUGGAAAACUUUUAUAUAUAUUUUAGUCUUUGUAAUUAUUUUCAUAUGCGGGUAUAGUAGAACUUUCAGACUGUUUGUCAAGGUCUUUUUUUUUUAUAUAUGUUUUAACAUUAAACCUACCAAGCUUGUUAACUUUUGGCAGCUCAAACAGU